GGGAAGCCCAGGGGAUCUGUAAAAAAGAGGAACUAGGCUGGAGGCUGGGGCCCUUGGGUCAUGGGGCGUCAGAGGACCGGAAAGGGGCCCCUUCCACCCCCAUCAGCACAGACACUGGGCAAGGGGUGGGGUUCAAAGGCAGAGUAACCGCAGAGGACACCAGAGGCAGCCUUGCCUUGUUUCCUCUUUGUGUGAGUUUGGUUCCAGGGUCUCCUGAGGGCUAGGGUCUCCCACUGCCAAGGGGAGCAGCAAGCCCUGAGGGGUGACUGCCCGCUCUGGCCAGGGUGGGCCAGGAGGUGCGCACUCCGUGAUCCCUGCCUGCUGGUUUCCUCCGGGGUCGGCACAGCUCCUUAUCAGGCGCGGCCAGGCAGCCAGACCCUUAUCUGUACAGGCCCAGCAUCCUCUGGCCUCUGCGCCAGGGGGUAAGAGGGAGGAAGCCAGGCUGUCGGGGGCGGGGAAAAGGCGGGUCGGUCCAGGAGCCGCUCACUUUCUCUUGGGGUUACCCACCACGCCGCCGCCACUCUGAGACUGCUCAGGCCCUCCGGAGCCCGGGAGGUGGCGCAGCCCAGCUCUGAGGCCCAACGGGACCACCUGGGGCACACUGAGCGGACUGGACGAUGGAAACCGCCUCCUAACCUGGAUUGACAGCCCUGACCAUACAGCACUCCAGGCUGUGAGAACUGACUGCUACAGGGUUAGCAUUCCAUCCUUGGGUCCAUGUGCCCACCCCAGGCCCAGGCAGAGGUGGCUUCCGCCAUGGCUGAGAAAGCUGAGCUGGUGCGUGCCUCCAGCCCAGCGCCUGCUCCUCUCCCUACUCUGGCCUCACCUGGGCCCCUUCCUGCGGAGCUGGACCACCGAAACACAUGCACCCCCUGGUUGCCUCCAGGUGUACCAGUGAUAAACCUGGGCCACACCAGGCCCACAGCAGGCAUGCCCACCACAGAGCUGAGUGCUCUCCGACCCUCCCUGCUGCAGCUGGCUGCCUUGGGAACGGCUCCGCCCACCCUGGCCCUGCAUUACCAUCCCCACCCUUUCCUCAGCAGCGUCUACAUUGGGCCAGCGGGACCCUUCAGCAUCUUCCCUAACAGCCGGCUGAAGCGAAGACCCAGCCACGGUGAGCUCAACUUGGCUGAGGGGCACCAACCCCAGAAGGUGGCUCGUCGCGUGUUCACCAACAGCCGAGAGCGCUGGAGGCAGCAGCACGUUAACGGCGCCUUCGCGGAGCUCAGGAAGCUGCUGCCCACCCACCCGCCCGACCGGAAGCUGAGCAAGAACGAGGUGCUGCGCCUGGCCAUGAAGUACAUUGGCUUCCUGGUGCGGCUGCUGCGAGACCAGGCGGCCGUGCUGGCCUCUGGCCCCUGCGCUGCCGGGCCCCGCAAGCCGCCGGCGCACCGGGGAGUGGAGGGCGCUGCGCGCUGCGGGGCCGACAGGGUGGAGGCUGCGCGCUCGCAGCCCGUGCUUCCUGGGGACUGCGACGGCGACCCCAAGGGGUCGGUGCGCACCAUCAAGAUGGAGCAGACGGCCCUGAGUCCUGAGGUGCGGUGACCCAAGGCAGUGGCCCCUCACCUGCUGCGCAGUGAACUCCCUGUAAAGGGGACUGAGGUCGCCCAGAUGAGGAAACGCCCUGUAGCUCUGGAAGGGUGACCGGCGACUCAGGGGCCCCCGCAGACUUUUAAGAAAAAUUUCCCACAGGCUACUUGAGGUGGCCUGGCCAGUGUCCUCUUCCCUGGGCCAAGGCCAGAGACUCAACAAAGCAAAGUGACUAUGGGAUCCUUAGGGGUGCUUGGAGAGGUAGGGAAGGGUCUGGAGGCCUUCGCAGCGGCGCCCCCUGCUGGAGGCGGGAAGCCCAGGACAGCGUGAGGGAGGAGGACCCACCCCAGCGAGCCCAACGGGUUGCGCUUGAUCCAUGAUCCUGUUAAGCGCGUUAACGAAGACUCAGACACUCUUGCA